AUGCGUACUCUCAGUCCAGACGGCGACAACUACCUCACCUUCCGCCCAGACACCCCAUCCAACAAGUCUGGAGCACCCAAUGGAUCCCUGCAAAGCGAGACGCCGUCCCCGUCUACCUCCCCAGACAACAGCACCAACAGCAAUGACACCGACCCAACCGCCCUCCGCGUCUCCUCCAGCAUCCUCUCGCGCGAAUCCCCCGUCUUCAACCGCAUGCUAAAUGGCCACUACCAGGAAGCCGUCACCCUAGCCGUGCAGCACACGGUCACCAUCAACCUCGCCGAAGACAACCCAGACGCCGCCUUCCACCUCCUCAACCUCCUCCACGACCAGCCAUUCCCCCCGCCCGCCGAGCUGGCCCUCGAAACCCUCGCGCACAUUGCCUCCCUCGUGGAUAAAUACCUGCUGCACCGCGCCGUCCGCGACAGCCCCCUCCAGCGCUGGAUGGAUGCCUUCACGGCGGGCCCGCGCUACCGCGCCAUGAAGAACCAGCCAGACUGCACAGAGCAGAGCAAGGCCUGGAAGCGCAUCGCCAUCCGCGAGGCCGGCACCCGCGUGGACCUGUCUGGGUUCCCGCUUGCACGCAGCGUUCAAGACGAUAUCCAGCGCCAGCGCUUCAACGCGAUCAUCCUCGUGCGGUCCUUCCUCCAGGCCGAGAUGGACACCUACAAACCGCAGCGCGAGUACGACCACGCCGCCCCCGUCGUCCCCUGCGGGCGCUACGAGCGUGCACUAUGGGACUCGCUGGUCUUCGGACACCUCAACACCAUCGGCACGCAGUGGGGCCUUUUGCCUUGUUCGAAGAUGCGGGCGCGCGAGUUCCCCGGCGUGCGUCUGCGGGAUCUGGCGCGGAACGCCAUGGGUAUGGUUGAUCUGGACAAACUCAUGGUGGCGGACAAGGGGAUCGCGACGGAGUGGAGGUUUGACUCGCGGAGCCUGAUGAGCACGCUGGGGGCGUUCGUGAUGAUAUUUGCGGGCUUUGUGCCGAGACCGGUUUUCACGCCGAAGAACUCGGUGUACCAUCCGGAUGAUUUGAAGACGAGGUUGGUGCAGCUGCUGCGGGGGAUUGAUGAGGAGUUGGAUCUGGAGAUUCCGGAAUUGAAUGCCUGUUCUUGGUGUGGGCGCUUGAAGCCGGGAGGAACUAAGUAG